CCCGUGUGAGAGAAGUGUGCCAGUUGGCUGCAAUUACACUACACCCACAACAUAUAAAUCCCCCCACAUCUCUUCCCCCAACACAUAUAGACCAGACAGACUGACCAUUCCAGACAACAGAGAAAAUCUUCAAACCAAAUUCCGCAGCUCCAGCAACGCCAACCGAGAUGCAGGGCAAGUCGUUCAAUGCACCAACGCUAGAUGAGGCUUCGUCGAGCAAUCAACAUCCGUAUCGGCUCACAACUGAGCAGGAAUUCUCCAUCAUGGUUGUCGCUCUCACCAAUGUUGUCUCCGGCACUUCUGCUGUUACUUCUGCUAAUCCUGACUAUUCUACGAACUCCCUCCUCUUUCACACACCAUCUUUCACUAAUUUGGACACUUGUCAUGUGUGCAACAUUGACGGUUGUCUCGGCUGCAACUUUUUCUUCCCUCCCAUGGAUAAGUUUCAGGAAGAGGAAGAGGAAGAGGUAGAAGACAACAAGAAGAAGAAAGGGAAAUUACCCGCAGAAGCGACGAAGAGGCGAGCAAAGAAGUACUACAGGGGCGUCAGGCAGAGACCGUGGGGCAAAUGGGCAGCGGAGAUCCGAGACCCAAAGCGUGCAAUUCGAGUUUGGCUUGGCACUUUCAACACAGCAGAGGAGGCCGCCCGAGCUUAUGACAAGGCGGCUAUCGACUUUCGAGGGCCACGGGCAAAGCUUAACUUUCCCUUUUCGGAAUAUACGACGCAUAGGGAUCAGGUUUCAGAGUCGUGCGUGACAUCAUCAGAACAACAUCAUUCAAAUUCCUAUUCCUCAGCAGGAAUUGAAAAUAGAUCAAAGGAAAAUGAGUUGUGUGAACCUAUUAGUGAGGACGAGUUUCAGCGGUGGAUGAUGAUGGAUUUUUCUGAGAAUUCUUCAGAUUCUGCUGCUACUGGGACUGAAUGCUCCUAAUUAGUCCGACUUUCCUUGAGAGGCAAAACCAUACUCAAAAAAAAAAAAAGUUCUUAUCAGGAGCUAUAUAUUCUGCAAUGACAAUUCCAGAAUCUGGUACCGCCAACAAAAAGAAAUUCUAAAUAUGUUUAUUACUUUACUGUAGCUUCAGUUAGCAUGUUUGGCUGUCGGGAAAAUCUGGAAGGGGACCCACACGGGCCACAAUCUCUUCAGCUGUAAAAAGAUCGAUCGGGUCCCACAAAGUAAGGAACGUGUGUCCCUCUUGUCACCAGUACCAAAGCAGGUUGGCUCUGGCCACGUGUAUUCAUCAUGUCUGUUUUUAU